AUGGCCGGUGACGCGAAAUCAACGCCGGUGACGUGUUCAUCAACGCCGGGUAACGUGUUCAUCAACGCCGUUGACUGGCCGGUUGUGAAGGUGGCGGAGUUCGCCGGAGUUAACCCGUUAACGCCUCCGCCACUGUUUCGUUACUGCGGGAACAACGAGACGCUCCACAUCGUGUUUCCUGAUUGGUCGUAUUGGGGAUGGACGUUUAUUGACCUAGAAGCUGAUACAGAUACUAACACUUGUCAUGAAGUUGCUUCUCAUCAACCACGCCACUUGUAUCCAUACAAUCCUCCAGAUUCUGCUGCCCCUUGGAACCAUAUGCAUUCUUCUUGGAAAAAUCCUAGCUUUGGCUUCCCUCAGAGAGUUGCUUCAGAGCAGAGGUACCCGGUUAAUGCUCAGAAACAAGGGGGGCUCGGAGAUAGAUUACAGUUUGAAAGCAUAGCUAGAUAUAACUCAUGGUGUGGGAACAAGAACCACAACAUGUUUUACAAUGAGUUUUCUUCUUCUUCUUCACCAAAAUCGAAAUUCUAUGGGACUGGUUAUACUUAUCCUAACGGAGGAAGAAGUGAUUUCAGACCGGGAAAACCAUCGUUGGAAUCAAAUGGCAAGGAUGUGAAGUUUGUGAGAGAUUUGAACUUGAAUGUGACACUUUUUUCAAACACACCUGUUGUUGAAGUCAGAAAGGAUGAAGAAGAACGUCUAGCUACUUUACCAUGGCUUGUUAAACCCAAAUCUGCUUGUAACUCUGAGGUGGCUGAUGGGAGACCGAAUCAGAAGAUUAGUGAUGCUGUCCAGAGGGAGGCAGAGACUGAGAAGAUCAACACUAACUUGAACAUUCCUAGAGAUGAAUGCAAUGCAGAAAGAGAUAAAGUUAGGAUGAUGCUAGACAUCAACGAACCGUGUGAACCACUUUCAGAUGCAGAUGAGCAAUUGGAAGAACAGAUCGGGACAAAGGUUUCGGUUAGUAAUAAGUGUCACAUUGAUUUGAAUAUGUCGGUUAGUGAAGAAGAAGAAGAUGAGAUUGACCUGUCUCCGCAUCUUCUUGACAUUGAUAUUGCUCGGCAGCAAUGUCUGGAAUGA